UCCGCCUGACUAGACAUAUCGCUUAUGCGACAGGCGCAGCCUGUGACAAUAUACAAGGAGCUGGAUUAGCUCCUCCUCCAUCUAACAUUCAGAUUCAAUGGCUUCCUGCAAAUUCAACCAGUCUUUAUCAACCACUUGAUCAAGGGAUUAUCAAUAAUCUCAAGACUCAUUAUCGCAAACGCUGGCUUCGGUUUAUGAUUGAUCAUUAUGAAGUCAAUCUUAAUCCACUUGACAAGAUCAUGCUUUAUGAUACAGUCCAUUGGAUCAUAUGGAUACGGAUUCAUGAGGUAUCAAAUACCACCAUCUAUAACUGCUUUCGCAAGAGUGGGGUGAUACAGCCACAAAUCCAAAAUUUACCUACUGAGCCUGCUCCUGAUCUGUCAGUCUUAUACCAACAAACUCAGCAUGCCGGUCAGAUAAGAGAUAUGAUGGCACUUGAAAAUUUCCUUAAUCCAAAUGAUGAGAAUGUGGUCAAUUCUGGUGAUAGUACUGAGCUCAAUACUAUUAUUGCAGACCAUCUUGAGCAGGGAGAGACUAUUGAGACUGCAGAACAAUCAGAUGAAGAAGAACCAUUGCCACCACCAAGCAUACAGCAAGCUCUGAAUUGUCUUCAUGUUCUCUUGAGAUUUAAAGAAUACCGCCAGGAUACUAAGAUGGAGGAUAUACGAUUAUUAGAGCAGCUUCAGCACCAGCUAGUAUGCGAGGAGGUUAAUUCACGGCCUCAAAAGACACUAGACUCGUGGCUUAGGCAUCAUUAGAUUUGCCAAGAAUUAUAUGGGUAUGGCGAUAUGUGUUUAUAACGAUGAAAAGCGCUUGGAUAUAUUACAUUGUAUUAGGGAGACUCGACUGUAUUUCAGAAUUAUAAACAAGUCAUCUGAUCGCACGCU